AUGGAGCUGGCUGUGAAGCCUAGACACGCGGCUACAUCGCCUCAGCUGGACAGAGAAGGAACGGUUCCCCAACCACGGCGACACUCCGAAGAGGCCAAACGGGCAAUCCAUGCCACAGCACCGCCGUCGGUGGAUGGGGAGGCUCCGCAGCUGAGUGAGGUGCAGCGGCUGGUGGAGGGAGACCUUCACGCCCUCAGAGACGAAUGGCCCCAGAUGUACACACCGCGAGAAAGGCCAUUCCCCAUACCACCGGGCAGUUCCGUGUUUUCGUGUGGUUUCGUGUGUGUCAGGGGGCUGUCAUGGGAGCGUGAGCCUCCCACAACGUCUCCAACGCUCGACAGCCAAGAAGAAGUCACGCAGCAGCCUGAUGGCGAUGCCCACGCAGAGCCCGGCCCGGCGGGUGAUGACUCAGCGGUCUGGUUCUACGCAUACAAGCUGACAAUAGGUACACUCAUCGCAAUGACGAUGGUGCCUCAGUCGGACGGGAGACGGUGCGUUGUGUGUUUGUGUGCAGCUGUGGCGCCGUUGUCCCUCUAUUCUGUGAGUGGUCUUGUGCCGACAUGGCACCGAGAGGGCACAUCGCUGCCCUUUCACCUGCACUUCCAAAUCAGACUCGUCUUCCCCACAGGCAGGCAGUCAGGCAGGCAGUCAGGGGAGCAGGGGAGGGAGGCGCAUAUGCAGUGGAUGCCCUGGCUACUGUGAUGUCUCUGCAGGAUACCCAGACGUGCCAUUUGGAGCGGUGUUCCUGUCGCCCAUCUAUCACCCGAUAUUCCAUGAAGGCUACGUGUUCAAUUUCCCCUACGACACAACGAUCCGCCAAUUUGCUCGAGCCGUACCCUUGACUUGCCGAGAGGAAUUGCCGUAUGACUGUAAGUAUCGAUGCUGUUGGUUGCAGGUGUACGCUCAGCUCUUGCGCCCGACAUGGGUCCCAACGCUUUCAUUCCGCCGCCACACCAACGAUCCCCUUCUAUCCCUUAUGGGCCUUUCAAUCCGGUCCCCGACAUCAGACAUGGUGCCGUCAUCAGAAGGGCCUCAAGACGAAAAUCCAAUAGCCCGAUCCUCACUGGCAGAGGACGUCUCUGGCCGAGCAUCUCCGCCUCCUCCUGUCCCUCCCCCCGCAGGGCCGCUCCUUCUCCCGCCCCCCGUGGCUGCCAGCCGGGCGACGUCGAUGCAGGGGGCAGGCGAGAAGGUGCCGCAGAGGGCGAAUGCCGCUCUGGAUCGGUACAUGCAUCUCGCGGGUCCGGCAGAGGAGGGGCUGACGACGGAUCAGGAGGGCAAGGAGCAGGAGGAUCCGUACUGGUGGAUGUCGGAGCCUCUGAUGACUGCUGCGGAUGCCAGACACAGGUUAGGUGCGCGGGCGAGUAGGUGGGAGACAGACAGACACGAGAUCAACAGCAUUAGUGAGGGGGUCUGGUGUGCAUGUGUGUGGGUCAGGUAUGCGACUCCCCUGCCUCCUUUCGGCGCUCCGUGGCGUCGGGCUGCUCUCAAUUCCCUCAAGCUGCCCCUCACUGAGCUGACGGGUCCAAACGGUGUCAGAGAGAAAAGGUCGUCGUCGGCCAGCAGCCAGUCGGCCGUCAAGCGGAGGUCCCGCGUGGUCCAGAUACUGCCGCACGACCAAGGCUUCUCCGUGCAGAUCCUCCAUGUGAGCAGACGGGAGAUGUCUCUCUCUGUUGAUAUCUCAUUGAUUGACUUGUCCCUUGUCCUUGGUCAUUCAGAGGAAGACAGACGAUUCGCUUGACGAGAACGAGAUGGACUCUGGCAUGACCCCCGAAGUGGACGAGGCGACUAAGCGACUGCGGACUCUUGUCGACACCCUUAACUGGCUCGACAGCACCGAGCCCGACCUGCCGCCCCUCCAGACCCUCAAGCAGAAGAGACUCAUCAACGACAUCGCCGCGUACGCAGAGACCAAAGCCAAGGACGCCAAGCGACGGAGUCAGAGUGCUGGUGGCAGCAGGGCCUCCAGCAAGGAGAGGCCGUCUGCGGCAGGCAAGGAGACCCCUUCGCCGAUGCGUGAGUUCCUCAUGUCAGAGGGUCUCAUGCCCGGAAUUCAGCACCGGAGACAGCCGACGGCGCGCGAGCGGCAUGAUCCGUGGGUGAGGCGACGGUCGAGAUGGGAUGGGCGGGGCGUGGACAAGGAGGCCGCCAUGCUGCUCGUCGGGGAAGCGAAAGCGAAAACGAGUGCCAAGUGAGAGACGUCGAUCAGGGGAGGUCGUCACUGGACUGUCUGCUGGGCUUCAAUGAAGCGAGGGGAAGUGGGGGAGAGGAGUCGUGGAGAGGGGCACUGCGUGGUGCGUGUGAUGUGUGUGCCUGUCCGAGAGACAUAUCAGUGCACGUCAAUAAAGGACAUUUCAUUCGUUCGUCACAGGCUGUGUCUCUCCCACGCCAUGUCUGUCGGUGUGAUAUAUAUCAUUCGGCAUGGCGUGGCGUGGCGGGGCCUGCAGUGGAGUCUGUCGGUCGACCACACGACUGGUCCUAUCGAUCUGUCCUCUCUCU